AAAACACCCGUGACUGCGGUUGCAGAAAGUUCGAACCAAGAAAGUGAAGAAGACUUAUUUUUGGCAACCGCAAAGAGCCUAGGUAAAUCAGAUUGGAUAUUAGAUUCGGGUUGUUCGUUUCACAUGUGUUCAGUUAAGGAAAAGUUUGAUACCUAUCAAACUUGUGAUGGGGGUGCUGUGAAGAUGGCAAAUGCAGAGUUAAAAUCAGCACUGACCUUUACGCGCUUCUUUUUCUCCGAUCUCAUCAUAAUCGUCUUAUCUAAACAGGAUACACGCUUCCUCGGUCUCCGUGAACCACCCCCUCCCCCAAAUUCCGGAGUCUGCUCCUCUCGCUCAGGUCUUCACUCUCAUUUCACCGUCUUCUUCACGGCCGUGCAUCUCUCGAUCCAAUCCCAGUGUGCUGGGCAGUAUGGCAUUGGUAACCACUGCAGAAGUAUGUGAUGCAAACGCACAGCUAAUUGUGGGAGGGGAACUCCGUGCUCUCCAGCCGGGCUUCCAGAUAUAUGGCAGGCGCCAUGUUUUCUUUGGCCCAGUCGUGACCCUGAAAGUGUUCGAAGACAAUGUCUUGAUCAGGGAGUUUCUGGAGGAGAAAGGGAACGGCCGGGUUCUGGUGGUGGACGGCGGCGGCAGUUUGAGGUGUGCAAUCUUGGGCGGCAACCCCGUGGUCCAAGCCCAAAAUAACGGAUGGGCUGGGAUUGUGGUGAACGGGUGCAUAAGGGACGUCGAUGAGAUCAAUGGGUGUGAUAUUGGGGUGAGAGCUUUGGCUCCCCAUCCCAUGAAAGCCAACAAGAAAGGGCACGGGGAGAAGCACGUCCCCGUCACCAUGGGUGGGACCCGCAUAUGUGACGGAGAGUGGCUUUAUGCAGACACCGAUGGCAUUCUCGUCUCCCGAACCGAGCUCUCAGUUUGAGAAGAUGAUGAUGAUGCUUGUUGGGCUUAUAUAUGUGGCAAAGAAGCCACCAUAUUCCUCCGAACCGAGCUCUCUGUUUGAGAAGAUGAUGAUGAUGCUUGUUGGGCUCAUAUAUGGUAAGCAGCUGCAAAACUUCCACAACUUAUGGGUAUGUAAUUACGUUAUCAAUUUUAUUAUUAUUAUUGUGCUAUUUCUAGAACUUGAUUUUCCACUAUGGCAAUGUGACCCAGACCCAGUCUAGGUUAGCUGGGCAUUG